AGUUCCAGUCUAAUUUGCCAGUUCUCAGCUCCUUUCUGAACUCCUUAUUUUCUUCUAGACACCGGCAAAAUAACAGAUUCAUAUUUCUGUAGCUCUACUCUGCCUUGUAGAUUUCUCCAUGUGAUCUUUCAUGUUGGAGGUGGCAGUGGCUGAGCCUGAAAUCAGUCAUGAGCAAGUCGCUUUGGAAUUUAAAAGCUUGCCUACUUCAAAAUUCUCCCUAGUUUUUUGCUUCUCAUCCUUUUCUCUGCUCUACUACGAUUUCAGCCCAGCAUUGACAAUGGGCCAGGUGACUCCUUGUAACUCUAUUUCUUCAGUUUAACAUUUUCCUUUGACACUGGCUCAUGCUUGAAACACCAGGAAACUCAAGGCAAUCUCCUGGACAAGGGUUGUUUACCUUUCUAAGGUCAAGGCAAGAGUUGACAUGUUUAGCUUCACCAGGUAACAUCCUUGCUAAAUUACAUCUUUCAUUUUUACCUGACUUCCGUUAUCUCAGGACCAUCCAUAUACACAAGAUGAUAAGGAAAAUAACCUCCAGCCUGGGAAGACAGGUGUCCACCAUGGCAUGUGGGACCACCCAGGUCAGAAGAUUUCUGCAUGGUGCUUAUGUCAGGAUUCACCCCUCCGUCCAGAAAGCCCUGAUGGAGGGGAGACCAGUUGUAGCCUUGGAAAGCACCAUCAUUACACAUGGCAUGGCUUAUCCUCUGAAUCUGAGAAUGGCCAGAGAGGUAGAAGAAACUGUAAGAACAAACGGAGCAGUGCCAGCCACUGUAGGUAUUUUAAGGGGCCAAAUCCACGUGGGACUUACAGACGAGGAACUCGAGUUCUUGGCAAGCAGUAAAAAUGCAGUUAAAGUGUCUCGGAGAGAUUUUCCUUUUGUCCUCAGCCAGGGCCUGUCCGGUGGCACUACUGUGUCUGGAACAAUGAUUGCUGCACACAAAGCAGGAAUUCCUGUGUUUGUGACAGGUGGCAUAGGAGGUGUCCAUCGGGAAGGAGAGAACACUAUGGAUGUGAGUGCUGACUUGACAGAGCUAGGACGAACUCCAGUUGCUGUUGUAUCUGCAGGAGCCAAGUCUAUCCUUGAUAUUGGCAGGACACUGGAAUAUCUGGAGACUCAGGGUGUCUGCGUGGCUGCCUUUGGAGAAUCAAGAGAGUUCCCAGCCUUCUUCUCACGCCAGAGUGGCUUCCAGGCACCGUAUCAUGUCCGGGACGAAGAAGAGGCAGCUAAACUCAUUGACAGUGCUCUGGGGCUAGGCCUGAGCAGCGGGGUGCUGAUAGCAGUUCCCUGUCCCCAGGAGCGAGCUGCCUCAGGCCAGGUCAUCAAAGAGGCCAUCCAGCAAGCUCUCAGUGAAGCCAGGUCCAAAGGGAUCACAGGCAAAGAAGUGACCCCUUUUUUGUUACAGAAGCUCAUAGAGUUAACUGAUGGGAAAUCGCUGGACUCCAACCUUGCACUGAUCCAGAACAAUGCCAAAGUGGGCAGCUGCAUUGCAGUAGCCCUGAGCAAACUACAGAAAGCCAGAAGGAAGGGGAACCUGCCUUGGCGAGGGGACACGACUGCACCUCAACCAGUGGUGAUUGGAGGUAUCAACGUUGACUUUAUAGCCAAGGCGCAGAACCCUGACAUCCUGGGUGGUGGGCAAACAAAUGCUGGAAGAGUGAGACGAACCUUUGGCGGUGUUGGAAGAAACUUGGCAGACUGUUUAAGCCGUCUUGGACAAACUCCUCUCCUUUUAUCUGCUGUGGGGAAGGAUGAGCAUUUAGAGUCUGUCCUGCACUACUGCCACCACAUGGACAUGGGUGCUGUCCUUCAGCUGGAGGGGAAGAGCACAGCCACUUAUUGUGCUGUGAUCACCAGUGCUGGAGAGCUCAGCAUCGGCUUGGGAGAUAUGGACAUCCACCAGCAGAUCACACAGCAAUAUGUGUCCCAGUUCAAGGAGAACCUGUGUCAGGCCCCGCUAGUUUGCAUUGAUGGAAAUGUGCCUCUUUCCACUAUUCAGUACGUCUGCCAACUAGCUAAAGAGCAUCAGCUAGCAGUGUGCUAUGAGCCAACAGACGUGAACAAGGCCUCUAAGCCGUUCCUCUCAGACAGCUGGAAAGCACUCACAUACAUUUCCCCCAACCUGCAAGAGCUAACAGCAAUAAAUCGGACCCUUGGGAACCCUGUGCCAGCAGAGUUACCAUGCAGGUUGGAGGAUGUUGUCCAGACUGCAGCAGCCUUGGCCUGCCCUUUACUGGCCCACCUGCAGUGUGUGGUGGUGACCCUUGGCACUCAUGGCAUCCUCCUGUGUGGCAAGAGCCUGGGAGGGAGCAUCUUGCUUUGUCCAGGAGCUCAUGAACUGACUGCUGCUGCCAGCCUCUGUGCCGCCCACUACCCCACCAUCCCCAUCAGCAGAGAGGAGAUAGUCAACGUCUCAGGAGCUGGCGACAGCUUAAUGGCCGGAAUCCUUGCAGGGAUGCUUGCUAAGCAUGACACAGAAACCUGUGUCCAGAUGGGUCUGCUUGCUGCAAGCCUGUCUCUCCGUUCCUAUGAGCCCAUCUCCCCAGAAAUCAGCACUUCCAGUGUCAGCCAGGAGCAAGUCAAGAGCAGGAGCUGGCCAGAGGCGAAGGUAUGGAAGAUGGACUAGAACACUGUGGCUUUCUCAUCUAUCACCUCCUUGAAGUCCCAGCAUUCCUAUUUCCAGGAACUGGACUGUUUUGAGCACUGAGCUCAAAAGCUGGGUGCUGACCAGAGGACUUGGACUUUCAGUACUUUUUGGGAGGUGAAUUGUUUGUAGAGUGCGUUCGGUGAAAGCUGAUAUUGCACUGUUCACAUUUAUGUUUGUCUGCUGUUGUUAAUGGUCCUUUUUCUUUUUAAUUUUUAAAAAAUUUUUAUUUGGUGAGUUACAGCACAGGAUGUAACUGUGGGCACCAACAGAUUGGUGAACACUGAAACUCAUUAAAACUAAUUUCUAGUA